AAGGGUUGUUUGUUCAGUUCAGUCAGAGCGGUGAGUGGGGCAUCUCAUGAAAAAACAGCCGAGUUGUUCCCAGGAAAAGGACCUGCCGUCUCCGACCAACCGAUGAAGCCUCCUCUCCGCUUGACUUUCGUAACUUAACGAGGACUAAAUAUUAGUGGGAAAACAAGACAAAAAGUCCCCCAAAGCUGUGGAAAAGUUGCCUGAGUAAAAAAACCAAGCGAACCCUGGUGACGUUUUUUUUUUUUUUUUUUUUUUUCUCCCAGCUAGCUGUCGCACAGCUACUUACUCUUUCAUUGUGCUUUUGUGGGAUACAAUAUUGCUUUCUGUUGGAAUAAUACGUUAUUGAAUUUGUGACUCUACUGGAACUAACUACAAGAUGAAUCUACAGCUAAUUGUGCUAGCAUUGUCGUUAGCGCUGUUGAGCUUCAGCCAAGCGCAACAAGAGGGAAGCGUAUGCAUCAAGUCCAACGCUCAGUCGUGCGGUCAGUGCAUCCAAGUGGCCGAGUCAUGCGGAUGGUGCACAGAUGAGGGCUUCCUCUCGGUGGGUGAGUCCAAGUCUGCUCGCUGCGACGACCUUGAGUCUCUGAGGACCAGGAAGUGUAACGUGGCCAAAAUCGAGAACCCUCGCGGCAGCAUUGUGAUCAACAAGAACAAACCUGUCACCAACCGCAAGAAGGAUGAGAUGGACAAGCCCAAACCAGAGCAGAUUACGCAGAUCCAGCCUCAGAAGCUCACCCUCACCCUCAGAUCCGGUGAGACACAGACUUUCGAUCUGAAGUUCAAGCGAGCUGAGGACUACCCCAUUGACCUGUACUACUUGAUGGACCUAUCUUUCUCCAUGAAGGACGAUUUGGACAACGUCAAGAAUCUUGGCACAGAUCUCAUGAGAGAAAUGCAGACCAUCACCUCAGACUUUAGGAUUGGGUUCGGCUCAUUCGUGGAGAAGACAGUGAUGCCGUACAUCAGCACCACUCCGGCGCGCUACAAGAACCCAUGCACAGGGAACCAGAACUGUACUAGCCCCUUCAGCUACAAGAAUGUCCUGAAGCUGACCAACAAGGGUGACCAAUUCAACCAGCUGGUCAGCCAGCAGCAGAUCUCAGGAAACCUGGACUCUCCCGAGGGAGGCUUUGACGCAAUCAUGCAGGUGGCUGUGUGCGAGGAGCAGAUCGGCUGGAGGAACGUCACUCGCCUCCUCGUCUUCUCCACGGACGCGGGAUUCCACUUUGCCGGGGAUGGAAAACUGGGUGGUAUCGUACUCCCCAAUGAUGGGAAAUGUCACCUGGAGAACAACAUGUACACCAUGAGUCACUACUACGACUACCCCUCCAUCGCCCAUUUAGUGCAGAAACUGAGCGACCACAACAUCCAGACUAUCUUUGCCGUCACAGAGGAAUUCCAACCAGUUUACAAGGAGCUGAAAAAUCUGAUUCCCAAAUCGGCUGUGGGAACACUGUCAUCCAAUUCCAGCAACGUCAUCAAACUCAUCAUUGACGCUUACAAUUCUUUGUCGUCUGAAGUCAUUCUGGAAAAUGGCAGGCUUCCGGAAGGAGUUUCCAUCUCCUACAAGUCCAUCUGUAAGAACGGCGUGGAGGGUACCGGCGAAAACGGCAGGAAGUGCUCCAACAUCUCCAUCGGAGAUGAGGUAACCUUCAAGAUCUCCAUUGAAUCCCAGAAGUGUCCGUCGCACGGCAAGCCGGAGAGCAUCAAGAUUAAACCGCUGGGCUUCACCGAGGAGGUGGAGGUGGUCCUCAACUUCAUCUGCGAGUGUCAGUGCUCGGCACAGGGAGAGCCCAACAGCAAAAAGUGUGACGAUGGCCACGGCACCUUUGAGUGCGGUGCCUGCAAGUGCAACGAGGGUCGCAUUGGGCGUCUGUGUGAGUGCAGCACGGACGAGGUUCGUACGGAGGAUCUGGAUGCCAACUGCCGCAAGGAUAAUGGCACAGACAUCUGCAGCAACAACGGCGACUGCGUUUGUGGAACCUGCGAGUGCAAGAAAAGAGAGAACCCCGCUGAGAUCUAUAGCGGAAAGUACUGCGAGUGCGACAACUUCAACUGCGACCGCUCCAACAACAAGCUCUGCGGAGGCCACGGUCGUUGCGAGUGUCGCGUGUGCGUUUGUGAAAACAACUACACGGGCAGCGCGUGCGACUGCUCCCUGGACACCUCCACCUGCCUGGCCAAGAAUGGACAGAUCUGCAAUGGACGAGGAACCUGCGAGUGUGGAGUCUGCAAAUGUACUAACCCCAAGUUCCAGGGACCCACUUGCGAGAUCUGCCCCACCUGCCCCGGGGUCUGUGCGGAGCACAAGGAGUGUGUACAGUGCCAAGCGUUCCAAGCGGGUGAGAAAAAGGACACGUGUGAGCGCGACUGCAGCGACUUUAUGCUGAGAAAGGUGAAGGACCGCAAGGAUCUUCCUCAGCCCACCGACCAGAGCUUCCCCCUCACGCACUGCAAGGAGAGAGACGCCAACGACUGUUGGUUCUACUACACCUUUGCCAUCAGGAACGACACCAAGGAGGUCUACGUCGUCGAGAUCCUGGAAUGCCCGGCGGGUCCUGACAUAAUCCCAAUCGUCGCUGGAGUGGUCGCCGGUAUCGUGUUGAUCGGACUGGCCCUGCUGCUCAUCCUCAAACUGCUCAUGAUCAUCCACGACCGCCGAGAGUUCGCCAAGUUUGAGAAGGAGAAGAUGAACGCCAAGUGGGACACGGGUGAGAAUCCCAUCUACAAGAGUGCCGUUACCACGGUGGUCAAUCCUAAAUACGAAGGUAAAUAAUGGAGUGUCUACUCUGCCAAGGAAACACUGUAUAAAAAGAAAAUUGGGGCUUUGUGUGUGUGUGUGUGUGUGUGGGGGGGGGGGGGGGGUUAACAUGUUGUCACUGUUUGAUUUUGCGCCACUAUCGCUCUUAUUUUACUCUGCAUCAAAAAAAAAUGUGGGAUUUCAUUUUGUAUUGUUUUCAUUAAGGUACUGAUCUU